AUGCGCAAACCUCUUAUGCGCAUUCCUUAUACGGAACUCUUGGCCCCUCCCACUGUCCGCCCAAGCAACGCAAAUACCAUCCCGGGUGCUGUCGCGGCCCUCCAGAAUUUCUUCACGGCUCCGCCUCCUAAAGACCUGCCGAGGUCGACCGUAGUACUGACUGGGGCGGGCCUGUCCGUGUCCAGUGGGCUCGCCGACUAUAGAGGCGUCAAUGGCACAUAUCGUGUGAACAAGACGUACCGUCCGAUUUACUACCACGAGUUCCUCGCAAAUCACGAAGCCAGGAAACGGUAUUGGGCGAGGAGUUUCCUGGGUUGGACGUCGCUUCACAAGGCGUCACCUAACCAUGGCCACUAUGCGAUCCGGGACCUAGGGCAACUGGGCCUGGUCCGCAGCGUCAUUACACAAAACGUCGACUCUUUUCACUCAAAAGCUCAUCCUGACAUUCCGACGUUGGAGCUGCACGGCUACCUGAGAUCCACAGUCUGUGUGACUUGCCGGAACGAGUACCCCAGAGACGUCUUCCAAGACGAGCUUGCAAGACUCAACCCCGCCUGGGCUGCCUUCCUCGUCGAGGCUUUGGCCUCUGGGGCUCUCGACACGGAGAACCCUGCCGAGCGCAAGGCCAAGGGCAUCAGGACGAACCCCGACGGAGACCUCGGGGGGAUCUUGAAGCCUGCCGUGGUCAUGUUUGGCGAGAGUAUCGCUGGCGAAGUCAAGACGGCGGCCGAGGAGGCCAUUGACGGGGCUGGAAGGCUCCUCAUCCUCGGGACGUCGCUGGCCACGUACUCGGCAUGGCGGCUGGCAAAGAGGGCGCUGGAUCGGGGUAUGCCCAUCGCCAUUGUAAACACGGGAGGCGUGCGAGGCGAAGAUCAGAUCUCCGCUGUGCCGGACCCGGAUCCAACGGGCGCUCUGGGAGUCCGGACUGAAGUGUCCACCGACGUCGUACUCCCAGCGCUGGUCGAGCGGCUCCAACAGAUGCCGAGAGGGGGCCGGGCCUGA